AUGACCUGCGCCGCUUGCGUGAUGCACGUGGAGCAUGCCCUGCUGGAGACGCGGGGAGUGGUGGCCGCCACCGUCAACCUGGCAACCGAGAAGGCGGCAGUGGCCUUUGAACCGGGGGCGAUUCCUCUGGAUGAAUUGAGAAAGUCGGUGGAAGAUGCCGGCUACUCCAUUGGCACCACGGACACCACCCUGACGGUGGGCGGAAUGACCUGCAGCGCCUGCGUAAUGCACGUGGAACAUGCCCUGCGGGAGGUUCCAGGGGUGACCCAUGCCGCGGUGAAUCUGGCGACGGAGCGGGCGAGGGUCAACUACGUUCCGGGCCUGGCCGGUAUCACAGAGUUUCGCGAGGCAUUGGAGGACAGCGGGUACCGGCUUGAUGGCGUGGAGGGCGAUGCGAGAGACUCGGCGGCCGAACUGGAGCGGCUGUCACGCACGGAGGAAAUCCACUACUUCCGGCACAGGUGCGCCUUUGCGGUGACCCUGGGGAUUGUGCUGCUGCUAGGUUCCAUGCACGUCUUGCCCUGGUUCGAUUACCUGAACGGCCUGAAUCUGGGAAGCUGGCAGGUUUGGCCGUGGGUAUUGUGGGCGCUGGCUACGCCGGUGCAGUUCUGGGCGGGGUGGCCUUUUUACAAGUCGGGAAUACCGGUACUGCGGCACGGGACCGCCAACAUGCACACCCUGGUGGCCCUGGGGUCCACGGUGGCCUACGGGUACAGUGCCGUUAUAACCAUGCUUGCCACCCUGGCGCCCAUCGGGACGGGCGUUUACUUUGACACUGCGGCCCUCAUCAUCGGGCUGAUUUUACUGGGCAGGUUCCUGGAAGCACGGGCGCGGGGCAGAACUUCGGAGACCAUCCGGAGGCUGAUUGGACUGCAACCCAACACAGCGCGGGUCGUACGGGACGGUCAGGAAAUCGAAGUGCCGGUGCAGGACCUCGUUGCUGGCGACGUAGUCGCCGUCCGCCCCGGGGAACGGAUACCAACAGACGGCGAAGUCCUGGAGGGAAGUUCCGCAGUGGACGAGUCCAUGCUCACCGGCGAGAGCAUGCCGGUGGACAAGACGCCUGGCCUGCCGGUCUACGGGGCGACGCUCAAUCGCACCGGUUUCUUCCAAUUCCGCGUCACCAGGAUAGGGCAGGAAACCGCGCUGGCGCAGAUUAUCCGGCUGGUGGAAGAGGCCCAGGGCAGCAGGGCGCCAAUUCAACGGCUGGCAGACCGGGUGGCGUCGGUGUUUGUACCGGCGGUGGGCGGCGUCGCCGUGGCGGCCUUCCUGUUCUGGCUGCUGCUCGGUCCUGACCCGGCAUUGACCUACGCAUUGCUGACUUUGGUGGCUAUCCUGAUUAUUGCCUGCCCCUGCGCGCUGGGCCUGGCCACACCCACGGCCAUCAUCGUCGGCACGGGCAAGGGCGCGGAACGCGGCAUCCUGAUCCGCAGCGCGCAGGCCCUGGAAACGGCCCACCGGGUGGACACAGUAGUCCUGGACAAGACUGGGACCCUGACCGAGGGACGUCCGGUGGUAACGGACAUCGUGCCCGCUGAGGCAGGGGUGGAAAGAGAAUUGCUCCGGCUGGCGGCCAGCGUGGAAUAUGGGUCGGAGCACCCCCUCGCCACAGCCAUCGUCGAGGAGGCUAACCGCCGCGGCGCCAGUCUGGCAGACGUAUCGGAUUUCGAGGCGUUGCCCGGGCAGGGGGUGACCGGCUAUGCAGAUGGGAAGCUAGUCCUGCUGGGCAGUCCCGCACUGCUGGCAGCCCAGGGAAUUCCUUUGGAUUCGCUGUCCGAAGCCCUGGCGAAACUUGCGUCCGAAGGAAAAACGCCGGUGACAGUGGCUCGGGACGGAGUUGCGCUGGGAUCAAUCGGGUUGGCCGACGCAGCCAAGCCAGAUUCACGGGAGUCGGUUGCAAGGCUGCAGGAAAUGGGACUGGAAGUAGUGAUGCUGACGGGAGACAACCGGCAAACAGCCCGCCACAUAGCCGACAGCCUGGGCAUCGCCAGGGUCGAGGCGGAGACACUGCCGAGUGACAAGGUGGAAGUUGUACGGCGACUUCAGGCGGACGGAAAGGUAGUAGCAAUGGUCGGCGACGGCAUCAACGAUGCACCGGCCCUGGUGCAAGCGGAUGUGGGGCUGGCCAUGGGCGCCGGCACCGACGUGGCGAUGGAGUCGGCGGACGUCACUCUGAUGGGGAACGACGUGGGCAGCGUCAUCACCACCCUGCGAUUGAGCCGCCAGACGAUGCGUGCCAUCAAGCAGAACCUGUUCUGGGCCUUCUUCUAUAACAUCAUGCUGAUUCCGGUGGCGGCGGGGGUCCUGUACCCGGUUUUCGCGGCUCUGGGGGGCGUACCUACGGAAUUGGAGUUCUUCUUCGGCGACCAGGGGUUCCUGAAUCCGGUGCUGGCCGCGCUGGCAAUGGCGUUCAGCUCGGUUACGGUGGUGAGUAAUUCCUUGAGGUUGAGGGGAGCAGGGGUUUAG